AUGGGUCUUUUAAUACAGUGGUCCUUUACUCAGGGAUUCAUAUUAGGGCAAUUGUUAACGAUUUCGGUUAUUUAUGUAUUUCUUCGGUUUUUUUUAUUUUGUAAUCCACCACCGCAAGAUCUAGCCAAAGAAGAAGAAAAGAUUGAAGCAAUUAAAUCUCAACAAUCAAAAUCUUCUCCUAGUUCUCCCCCGAGUGUUGCCAAUGCUACUGACAGUGCUAGACAUUAUUUUCAAGAUACCCAUUCAACUUUGGAUUCCGAGUUUUUGGAUGCUCUUUACAAUGUUAACGAACAUGAACCUGAAUCACUAGAUUGGUUCAAUGUUUUGAUUGCUCAAGCUUUAACUCAGUUCCGACAUGAUGCAAGCUCGAACAAUGUUGCUUUGAGAAAAUUAGAAGCAGUUUUAAAUAAAGGUACUCAAGACAGAACAAUGGUUGAUCACAUCUACGUGAAAAACCUUUCAUUGGGUCGAGGAUUCCCUGUUUUUAGUCACUGCAGAGUUCUCCGUCGAGAGCAAGGAUCUUCUCAGCUACGAGCAGAAAUGUUAGUUUCCUUAAAUGAUAAUCUUACUUGUACAGUCGAAACGAAACUGCUACUGAAUUUCCCAAAACCUUCAUUUGCGACACUUCCUCUGUCUAUAACUAUAAGCAUGCGAAGAUUCGUUGGGAAGAUGAUGAUUCAUUUUUCUCCAAGCAAUGGAGCAGAUCAACCAGCUUAUUUUAAUUUCUCCUUCGAUCCUGAUUUUGUGAUCUCUUUAGAAGUCAAUUCCCUUAUAGGAGCUAGAUCGAAACUACAGGACAUCCCUAAAAUCACUCAAUUAAUUGACUCUCGUGUCCGUCAAUGGUUUAUUGCUCGUUGUGUUUCCCCUCAAUUUCAACAAAUCGCUAUACCAAACUUUUGGCCCACUUCCGCCAAAGAAGGCCAUGCACGCUCACAAACGACAAGUGCAGAUAUGCAUGGCAAUAUGUAA